AUGGACAGGAGCUCCCUGCUGCAGCUCAUCCAGGAGCAGCUGGACCCAGAGAACACCGGCUUCAUCGGCGUGGAGACCUUCGCCAGCCUGGUGCACAGCCAUGAGCUGCCCCUGGACCCCGCCAAGCUCGACAUGCUGGUGGCCCUGGCACAGGGCAACGACGAGGGCCAGGUCUGCUACCAGGAGCUGGUAGACCUGAUCAGCAGCAAGCGCUCCAGCAGCUUCAAGCGCGCCAUCGCCAACGGGCAGCGAGCCCUGCCCCGCGAUGUCCUGUUGGACGAGACCGGCCUCGGCAUCUACAAACGCUUCGUCCGCUACGUGGCCUACGAGAUCCUGCCCUGCGAGAUGGACCGGCGCUGGUACUUCUACCAACACCGCACCUGCCCCCCGCCCGUGUUCAUGGCCGCCGUCACCCUCACCCAGAUCAUCGUGUUCCUGUGCUAUGGGGCCCGGCUGAACAAGUGGGUGCUGCAGACCUACCACCCCGAGUACAUGAAGAGCCCCCUGGUCUAUCACCCCGGGCACCGGGCGCGCGCCUGGCGCUUCCUCACCUACAUGUUCAUGCACGUGGGGCUGGAGCAGCUGGGGUUCAACGCCCUCCUGCAGCUGAUGAUCGGGGUGCCCCUGGAGAUGGUGCACGGCAUCCUGCGCAUCAGCUUCCUCUACCUGGCCGGGGUCCUGGCAGGCUCCCUCACCGUCUCCAUCACGGACAUGAGGGCCCCCCUGGUCGGGGGCUCGGGGGGGGUCUACGCCCUCUGCUCUGCUCACCUCGCCAAUGUCGUCAUGAACUGGGCCGGGAUGCGCUGUCCCUACAAGCUGCUGCGGAUGGUGCUGGCGCUGGUGUGCAUGAGCUCCGAGGUCGGUCGCGCCGUCUGGCUCCGCUUCUCUCCGCCGCUGCCGGCCUCGGGCCCCCAGCCCAGCUUCAUGGCGCACCUGGCGGGGGCCAUCGUGGGCAUCAGCAUGGGGCUGACCAUCCUGCGCAGCUACGAGGAGAGCCUGCAGGACCAGUGCGGCUGGUGGGUGCUGCUGCUGUCCUACGGCACCUUCCUGCUCUUCGCCGUCUUCUGGAACAUCUUCGCCUACGACCUGCUGGGGGCACAGAUCCCCCCCCCGCCCUAG